AUGUCCACUGCAGAAUUCCCCGCCAACAACAAGACGUGGCAGAUUCUGCACAAAGCACGCAAAGAGGGUUACGGCGUGGGAGCUUUCAACUGUUACAACAACGACGGCGUCAUGGCCAUCAUCCGCGCAGCGGAAGCAAAGAAAUCUCCCGCAAUCAUACAGCUCUUCCCUUGGACGAUGCACUUUCAAGGGCCUGCGUUUAUCCGAUACGUCGCAGAGGCGGCACGCAUGGCGUCCGUACCAAUAGCGCUGCAUAUAGACCAUUGCAUCAAAGUCGAAGACGUGCAAACAGCCCUCUCGCUACCGAUAGAUUCUAUAAUGGUCGACGCAUCGAGCGCGGGUGGCGAACUCAACUGCCAAUACUGCGCUGAAGUCGUUCGGCAAGCGCGUCCGCUCGGCAUUACUGUCGAGGCAGAAGUGGGGCGCAUAGAUGGCAGUGAAGACGGCCUUCCCAGGGCAGACGUGGAAGCGGCAUUGACCGAUCCCGAAGAGGCGCGCGCUUUCGUGGCAAAGUCGGGCGUGCAUUUCCUGGCACCCUCGUUUGGCAACAUCCACGGGCCGUAUCCGGCUGAAGGCGCGGAGGGCUCCUGGCAAUUGGAUAGACGCAUCAGAUUGGAAUCGAUAAGCCAGAAAGUUGGACCUGAUGUUCCUCUCGUGCUCCACGGCACGCAUCCAGUGUCUGAUGAUCUGUUCAAGGUGGCCAUACGACGCGGAGUCGCAAAAAUCAACUUGAAUCGAACAGUCAGGGAUCCAUACACUGGGUUUGUAGCGGCAAAUGCUGGCAGCCUGGAAUUAACUGCACUUAAAGAGCGCAGCGUUGAAGUGUAUGCGAAGUCCAUCGAGCGAAUGCUUGACGUCAUUGGGUCGUCUGGUCAAUCAUGAGAAUAUCAUCGG